CCCGUAAGUCUCGCACUUUGCCGGCGCCAGGAGCAGUGCGCAUGCGCCCUUUCUUCGCAUGGUAUGCUUAUUCUCGCCGUCGCGAUAGGCGCUGUGGCGGUCGUCCUCGGCCUGCGACUAUGGAUAGUGCUUCGGACCAAGGAGGUUAUUCCCCGGGAGUGUUUCAGUCUCUUGGUAGUGGCUGGGUCUGGUGGGCAUACCAUGGAGAUCCUGAGGCUAGUUGGAAGCUUGUCCAAUGCUUACUCGCCUAGACAUUAUAUCAUUGCUGAUACUGAUAAAAUGAGUGCCAGUAAAAUUAAGUCUUUUGAAUCUGAUCGUGCUGAAAGAGAACCUAGUACCAUGUACACCGAAUACCACAUCCACCAAAUUCCAAGAAGCCGUGAGGUCCAGCAGUCCUGGCUGUCCACAGUGCUCACCACCACGUGGGCCAUUUGGUUCUCCUUUCCCACGGUUUUCCGGAUAAAGCCAGAUUUGGUGUUGUGUAACGGACCAGGAACAUGUGUUCCUAUCUGUGUAUCUGCCUUCUUCCUUGGGAUCCUUGGAAUAAAGAAGGUGAUCAUUGUCUACGUUGAGAGCAUCUGCCGAGUGGAAACAUUAUCUCUGUCCGGAAAGAUUCUGUUCCACCUCUCGGAUUACUUCAUUGUUCAGUGGCCAGCUCUUAAGGAGAAGUAUCCCAAAUCUGUGUACCUUGGGCGAAUUAUUUGACCAAUGGCAAUUUAACUUCUUUAGAAUUUUGCAGUCAACAAUAUUGACUUAGAACACUGAUCAAGACUUCUGAAAGUCUUAAGAAUUAUGGAUGAUCAUAGUUAAAUAAUGUACAAAUAUCUCGCCAGAGAAACUGAGAUGCCAGAGUUAUAGCACACACCUGUAAUCCCAACACAAGGGCAGCUGAAGCAGGAAGAGUGCAGGCUCUAGAACAAUCUGUAUUAUGUAACAAAUCCCUGUUUAAGAAAGAGAGAGAGAGAGAAAAGAAGGAAGGAAGGAAGGAAGAAAGAAGAGGGAGGGAAAGAGAG